GUGACUACUUGUCGAAGCUCUUUGGCGGGAACCCUGCUGCUCUCAAGGACACAUUUCAGACGCUGCUGGUGCGGUUGGACAAGCUGCAGCCCCAGCAUAUCUUUACGCGGCAUGCCACACAGGCCACUGUUCCUUCCCCCGACGAUGAGUCCGUGGAGCUGUAUCUCAAUCCUUGGCACUUGGGAUAUGAGCCAUGCUUCUCACUCAAAGGCCCAUCGAAAAUGGUCUACAUCUUGAGGCUCUUCCGAGAGUUUUUGGAACGCCCCUUUGACUCGGCCAGCAACCCCAUACUGAUCAACUUCAAGGGUUUGCAGCCUGGUGCUCCAAUUCCGUCCUUCCAGGUGUCCAUCUCCAUCGGCUUCACGAAGAGCAUCGCGAUGAAGCUCAUUUUGCUUGGGGCCAUCCAGACCAACUUGACCGAUGGUGAGUUGACCCUGUUGGCGCCACAUUUGCGUGCAAUGUUCGCCUUCAAGUGCAUCUACAGGUCCACUGGCAAUGCCAAGGAGGACAGAUUCAGGGCACUGCAGGAGAAGUUUUCUGAGAGCAGCAGGCCACGACCUGACCCGGUGCAAAUCUCAGGAAUCCUGCUGCAGCAAUGUGUUGAGGAGGGACGGGCUUGGAAAGAUGGGAGUGGUGACCUGAUCGCACAGUUCAAUGCUGGCUCCGGGGUGGACUGCAAGCGCUUGAGCGACUUGGAGCAGACGGUUGUCACCAUGUACCCCAACCUGAUGCAGGAGUCCCAGGAGCUGAUCGCUUACCACUGGAGCAACUACCCAGCGAAAAACAGUGGCCUCACCUACAAGCAGCUUGCGUGUGAACAGGUUCGGUGCGGCAGCAAGCCUCGAAUCGACUGCGAACUCUGGCGGAGCAUCUUGAGCACGGACAUGGUCAAGGUGCAUUGGUUUGUGGCCAGGCGCAUCAGGUAUUUUCUCCACAAGCUGGGUGAUGCCAAGCGUCUUCGCAAGCGUGUCAACUUGACUGCAAAUGCAGCUUCCUUCAGGGACCAAAAGGAUGAUGAGACGUGCUGGGCAAUCACUUGCUUGUUUGUGCACUACCUGCCAGCCUUCAAGGAGCUCUUGACCGCGGCCCAGAUGGAUUCCUUGGGGAACAAGUUCAUCCGGGGCUACUUGGACAUGGAGCUUGUGGAGAAGUACAGGGUUGCUGACCCUCAGUUGACUGCAUCUUCCUUCAGGAUGUUACAGGAGUUUGGAGUGAAAAGUGGGGUGGCCAUCAAAAUCGAUGAGGCAAAGGCCGACCUUGACUUGCAGAAGGCAGAGCUCAACACGGCGAUGGCCAAGCUGAACAAGGAGCAGAAGAAGUUCUUGGAUUUCAAGGAGUCGAUGGCCAACUUUCAGCGAGCUGGCCUGGGGCUGCAGGCAGAGUUGGUGGACAAGCAGAAGGCAUCGCAAAGGGCUGCAGUUGAGGUGCACCAGGAGACGCACUACCCGCUUCGUGAUCUAGCUGAGCUUGGCCAUGCCACCACGUUCGUUGAGUCCUGUGCGAACCGCUUUGCCAAUGAGGCCGGCAUUGCCGAUGAGGAGUGCCACAGGAUCUUUUGGUUGAACAGCUCCACCUUGGGGUACGACGCCGUGAAGAACACCAUUGAGGCGAUCAAGGAGUUCUCUGGUCACAUUGCCUCGGACCCUCGCCGAAGCUGCAUGAUCAUUGCAGCCCCAACCACUGGGGCUUUCGGCAACGAGUACUCAGAACAUGAUGUUCAUGAGCAAGCGCUCAAGAUCCUGGAUGCCUUGAGAGAUGUGGACAACAGGUUGUUGGUGAGAGAGAUCACGGUGGUUUUUGACCCCAGCACGAUCCCGGCUCAAAGCAAACGGCCUGCCAAUCACAAGUUCUACAUGGCUGUCAGUGAUCAGGUGGGCACAGACAAGGAGCUGUUGUCCAUCUACAGCAAGUCUGUCUUGUGGAGGAGACAGACAGUGCCUUGCACAAAGCAAUCAGCCCAGUGCAUCAUGAACCCGAUCAGGAACUAUGUGGAUCCCAGGCGAGAUUUCUCAACUGCUGGUUCCACAGGGCCUGGAGAUGUGAGCCGACCGGCAAGGCGGAAGCAAUGGCUUUCGGGAUGGACGCUGCCUGCGGCUUUCCUUGAUGGCAUCUGGCUCAGCAUGGGAAAAGGCCGCAACUCGAUGGUCGCCUUCAUCGACGUGUUUGCCUAUGAUCACAGCACGGCAGAGUGCGUGAUGAGGAGGAGCAGCAACAGCACUGAGCCCAUGCAUUUGUGGAUAGGCACAUGCUGGGCCGAAGCAAACACCCGGGAUGACCAUCAGCAAGGCAAGCGAGUUGAGAAUCAGAAGAUCUCGAGAUGGUUGCUGGUGGCUGUCAGGCGGAGGCUGCAGAACAUGGCCGAGCAAAGCAUCAUGAAGAUCCCGAACUGGGAGGCCUUGGCGCAGUUUGUUGACAACCGCACUACACCAGUGCUGCAGGAGAGCGAUUUCCAGGUGACCUUCCCAUCAGGUGCCGACACCCUUCCCUUCACCCAGAAGUUCUUGGAUGUAAUGUCGGAGAAGCUGGUCGCGGAUGACCUGAAGGAGCAGUGGGCACAGGUGGUGCAGGAUCACAAUGCCUUGUACAACCCUCAGGGCAAGGCGUAUGAUGGGACGAAGCGCGCAGCCGAGGGGGGAAGCACAGAUGGGCCCAUGACCAAGAAGCAGAAGACCAAAGAGGUGGUCACGGUGGAGGACAGCCUGGAGGACAUCAAGAAGAAGCACAAGGUUACGGCAUUUGCAUAUGGUGGAGGGCAAGUUGUCAUUGCAAGUGACGGGCACAUGUGGUUUGCAGCCGGGGAGGCAAAGGCCACACUGUCACCUAUGGACCCACCUUUGGCCUUGGUGUUUGGCAGCUUCAAGAUCAAUGAGGAUGCAAAAAAGAUCAUGCAGGGCAAGGCGUUCUACUAUGAGGUUGGCUUCAGCAAUGAUGAGGUGAUGGGCCACUUUCGCAAGGGCGAGGAGCCGGGAGAAUCUGCCGAGACCUUGCGAAGCUUCCUGUCAAAGCUUGAGUCCGGUGGCAAAGACAUCUCCAGCCUCGAGAUUGCAUGCCACAAGGUUGAGCCCAAGAUUGAGAAGGAUGCUGCAGGCGAUGUGACCAAGCGGGCAUUUGAAGUGAAGGACGCGUCUGCCAUUGUGUUCAGCCCGCAGCCCACACCACGAAAGGUUGCUUCUUCCAAGCCUCCGACUUGGGAGGAUGCUGGCAGCCUGCUGUUUGCUGCCUCCUCGUCAGUCUUGGAGGAGUUCAAAAAGCAAGAGCUGAUUGUGCUGGGCCAGCGAUGGGCGGUGACUUCGUCAGAGCAAAGCUGGGGAAUGAACCCAGACAAGCCCGGCCUGUACCCGGCAUGUGAGCUUGAAGUUCCUGCAGGCAAGAUUGCCAAGCUAGUAAUGGCAUCGUUCUUCAUGAACAAUGAGGACCUGGAGGGCCUCGAGGAGGUUGAGAACAUGGACUGGAUGUCCCCUGGUCGCCCUGAUGCUGGCACAAGUUCAAGAAUGCCGCCAUCUGCCAAGAAGGCGGCUGAGCACCAUUCGGCUCUGGCAUUGGCUUAUGCCAAGAAGGCAGCUACGGAGAAGGAGGAGGCAGCCUGCAUUGCGGCCAAGGAGCUUGAGAAGUCUAUGGAGAAGCCUCAACGAGAAGACUGUGGAAGCCCUGAGCCCACGAAGAUCAUGGCGGCCACUGCGGAGACAACAGAUGAUGGUCCUUGUCCUGUCGAAGGUCCUGAGCCCCCUGCAAAGAAGCGCAGAGCAGCGAGGGGUGAGGCUGGCACUUUUGCUGGCAAUCGCCCACCGACCAGUGAAGAAGGCAGAGAGUUGUUUCAGCUCAAGAAGGUCUUGUACAAUGAGACGCGGGAGGAGCUCCAGAAGAAGUUCCCUGGAAAGUUGAUCCAGAUCGGGAAGACUGCCACGCAACAGAGGUACUGGGAGCAUGUGCGGCAUCAUCUCAAGAAAGCCUUGCCCAACUGCGACUGCAAGUUGGCUGACAAGAGGCCUUCGAAGCCAGAAGUCCGCGCUGAGCUGAAGAAGGCAAGUGAGAGCUGGAAGAAGGGCCUUCAGGCCAAGUUGGCCAAGAACUUUGGCCACGUGACUCCUGCUGGCAUCAGUGUAGACCAAUUUUUCCUGGAACUUUAUCACAGUGCAGCUGAGUUUUUGCCGGAGAGCACACAGUUUCACAUCGACGACGUGGAUUCAGCAAUUGAGGAGACGGAAGGCAUGACGCGAGAAGAAGUUGCAGUUUUGAAAAGGCUUGCUGAGGAAGAGAGCGACCUGCUGCCUUUGGUGGGGUGUGAUCCGGAGAAAACCUUGGUCAGCAACAUGGCAGUGCCUGCCUCUGGCUGGUCCUUCAACAUCGGCCUGAGAAAGAAGUGCCAGCAUGCACAGCAGGGCUUGCCGAUGGUCCGGCAUCUUUGCGUCCAGUCAGACAACACAGUCGCUGCAUGCAAGAAUAGCGAAGUGUCGCUAUUCAUGGGAGUUGUAGCUCGGCGAUUCGGCUUCGACACGACAAAUGUCUUCUACUUGCGCAAGGGGCAUACGCACGAGGUGUGCGAGAUAUUUUCAGGAGUGGGGUCCAUCCAUCGGGCUGCCACCAAACAUCAUUUGUUCAGUGCUGAAUAUGACAUUGAGAGGCAGCCUGGUGUGACUGAUACGGGCUCAGCCCAGAGUGAAGACUUUGGCUGCAAAGCUGGCUUUGAAAAUGCGGUGAAGCUACUGAUGAGGUUGGAGGAAGGUGGGCUGUGCUUCCUUGCUCCCAGAUGUGGGCCUUGGAUGUUCUUGAAUGUGCACAACACCAAGCGAGGAAAGAACAACAAGUACUGGGGCAACACCAGAAACAAAUCAGUUCAAGCUGCCAACAACAUGGUGCAGGGCUGCAUCGUUCUGAUCGAGCUGGCAGAGCUGAGAAAACUUCGCCUGGGCUAUGAGAACCCGACCAAGAGCUACAUGUGGCACUGGCCACCUUUGCGGGACACUCUCAAGAAGCUGGGCUAUGACACUGUGAACACUCACAGGUGUGCAUGGGAGCCAAGGAAAAAGGGCAUGCGGCUUUGGAAGAAGUACCGCUUUGCUGGCCAGGGCGAUUGGAUCCAAGCAUUGGUGAAGCCAUGUCCUUGUGGUGAUCAGGGGCAUCUCAGGACGACAAAGAAGUACACAGAUGCCUCUGGGAAGAAGCGCUGCCAAGGCAUCAAAAAGCGCUUGAAAGAAAGUGCGAGCUACCCAUCUCUCCUGGGGCAAGCCAUUGUGAAAGCAUGGCUGAGCAGCAGGCAUGAUGGUGAUCAAGCAUCAUCGACAGCGAAGCUUGCGAAGGGUGCGAAGGUGCAGAAGGUGAUGAAGGCAAUGAAGGCAAUGAAGGCGGUGAAGGCCAACAAGGCCAACAAGGCCAACAAGGCCAACAAGGCCAACAAGGCCACGGUGAAGAAGGAGAAGGUGAAGAAGGAGAAGAAGGAGAAGGUGAAGAAGGAGAAGGUUCAGAAGCCGCCAAAGGUUCAGAAG